AUGUUCGCCCUUUUGGGCGUGACGACCCUCAUGGUGGUCGUCGGGUCGGCAUGGGCGUUGCUCACAGCCACAGAUGGAAAAGAUCUAAAAUCUCCGCAGAACGUAGAGGUCUCCAUCAUAGAUGACACCUUUACCCUGAGGUGGAACUGGAGCAGUGAGUCUAUCCGGAACGUGACUUUUUCAGCAGAUUAUCAAAUACCUGGAAUGGAUAACUGGAUAAAAUUGCCUGGGUGUCACUGUAUUACUGGUACCAAAUGCAACUUUUCUUCUGCUAAGUUAAAUGUUUAUAAAGAAAUCAAAUUGCGUAUAAGAGCAGAAAAAGGAAACAAUACUUCUCCAUGGUAUGAGGUUGACUCAUUUAUACCAUUUCAAAAAGCUCAGAUUGGUCCUCCAGAAGUACAUUUAGAAGCUGAAGAUAAGGCAAUAAUCAUCAACAUCUCCCCUCCUGGAAUAGAAGAUAGCAUCAUGUGGGCUAUGGAUAGUUUCAGCUUUAUAUAUAGUUUAGUUAUCUGGAAAAAUUCUUCAAGUGUAGAAAAAAGGAUUGCAACUGUUUAUUCUGGAGAUAAGAUUUAUAAACUCUCACCGGAGACUACUUAUUGUUUAAAAGUUAAAGCAAGACUACGUUUGCAGAGAAAAGUUGGUUUCUACAGUCCAGUGUAUUGUAUAAAUACCACGGUUGAAAAUAAACUGCCUCUACCAGAAAAUAUAGAAAUUGAUGCUAAAAAUCAGAACUAUGUUCUUAAAUGGGAUUACUCAUAUGAAAAUGUGACCUUUCAAGUUCAGUGGCUUCAUGCUUUUUUUAAAAAGACUCUUGGGAACCAUUCAGAGAAAUGGAAACAAAUACCUGAGGGUAAAAAUGUCAAAACUACCCAGUGUGUCUUUCCUCGGAGAGUUUUCCAAAAAGGAAUUUACUUCCUCUGUGUACAAGCAUUCAAUGGAGUUAACACGUCUCUUUGGUCUGAAGAGAAAAAAUUUGUGCCCGAAAUACAAACUGCCAUAUUUCCCCCAGUCAUUAGCGUGAAACCUAUUAACAAUUCCCUGCGUAUCUAUCUUGGUGCUCCAAAAGAGUCAGAAAACAAGUCUGUGAACCAGUAUUACCCAAUAAUUUAUGAAAUUGUUUUUUGGGAAAAUACAUCAACUGCUGAGAGCAAAAUGCUAGAGAAUAAAACUGAUUUUACUCUUCCUAACUUACAACUGCUGACUGUGUAUUGUGUCAAAGCAAGAGCACUUGUUGAAGAUGAAAAAUGGAAUAAAAGCAGUGUUUUUAGUGAUAUUGUAUGCAAGAAAACACAGCCAGGAAAGACCUCCAAAACCUGGAUUAUAAUUGGAAUUUGCAUUGCAUUAUUUUCCUUCCCACUUGUCAUUUAUGCUGUGAAAGGCCUCUUGAAAUGUAUCAAAUAUGUUUUCUUUCCGUCACAUAAACCUCCUUCCAGUAUAGAUGAGUAUUUCUCUGAAAAGCCACUAAAGAAUCUACUCCUUUCCACUUCUGAGGAACAAACUGAAAGAUGUUUCAUAAUUGAAAACACAAGCACUAUUACUACCUUCGAAGAAACACAUGAAAUUGACGAAAAUCACAAACAAUACAAUUCCCAAACUAGUCGAGACUCAGGAAACUAUUCUAAUGAAGAAGAAAAUAGUGAGGAUAAAGCAAGUGAAAACUUCUACAGCAGAAGACCAUGUGACCAGAAAUGA